CCGCUGUCAAACAAACGUCAAACCAACCCAUAAAUUGCCUAUAAACCAACUAUAAACCCUAUAAAAUAUACAAUACAAAUUGCAUUGAUUUGGUUUUGGUAUACUCCAUUUCAUUCGUCUCAGAGAAUAUAAAUACAAUACAUUGUUUGGGUCUUAGAUUCGGUUACGCUACUGCUAGUAAAACAUACUAUUAAUAAAAUAUUAUAAAAUUUACUGUUAACUGUGUUGCAUUAAUCUAAUUUCCACAUAACUACUGUUUUCGACAUGCCCAGCCAAUAUGAAGAGGAGCGAGUCUGGGAGGGAUCAAAUCACAAUUAUGAAGAGGAUGGCGCUGAAGAUGUCAUCGAAAACCCCGAAGAAGUAUUACAAGAGUGCUUGGAGAAAUUCAAAACGCCUGAUUAUAUUAUGGAGCCUGGCAUUUUUGGACAACUUAAGCGAUAUUUCCAAGCUGGAGGCAACCCAGAGCAAGUCAUUGAACAGUUAUCUAUCAACUAUAGCGCAGUGGCACAGAUGGCAAAUUUAUUAGCCGAAUGGUUGAUACUUGGAGGAGUUAAAGUAACAGAAGUACAAGCCAUGGUUGAAAAUCAUUUAAAGGACAUGAUUCUCAAAACAUUUGAUCCCAAAAAAGCUGAUACUAUAUUCACAGAGGAGGGUGAAACUCCAGCAUGGUUAACUGAAAUGAUAGAACACCCUACCUGGCGAUCUUUAAUCUACAGAUUAGCAGAAGAAUACCCUGAUUGCCUCAUGCUUAAUUUCACCAUCAAGCUAAUUUCUGAUGCUGGUUUCCAAGGAGAAAUUACUAGUAUUUCUACAGCAGCACAACAAAUUGAAGUAUUCUCCCGAGUACUUAAAUCUGCUAUUGUGGGCUUUUUGCAGAGCUCUGAUGAUUGGCAGAACAGUGUCAAUGAAUGUGCCAAAAUGGUAUGCCAUGGUGCUCAUACAUAUGUGUACAGUCAAGUUAUUGUACACAUCCUCUCUCAAGAACCUAGAGGUGGCGCUAUCAUGAAAAGACUUAGUCAAGAAAUAACAAAAUGUGCUCAACAAAGUGGUCACGAUGUGACUCCUAUCACACUAGCCCUGACGACGGGCGAGUCGUGGCGCAAUGCCCGCACUGCUCUGGCGGCCAUGUUGUCGCGUGGCGCACUCAAUCCUGCAGAUAUCACUGUACUCUUCCGCGCCUACACUCAGGCUGAACCACCACCAGUACAUCUUAUUCGGAUACCUCAGUUCUUAGAACUUUUGGUGGAUUCUCUCUUUAAAUCAGGAAGCAAAUUAAAUCCUGAACAUAAAUCAAAAUACAUGUAUUUGCUUGCAUAUGCAGCUAGUGUGUGCGAGGGUGUUACUCCUGGAAGACCUGUCAAAGAUGAGCUAAAAGCCACAGUACAAGCCAUUGAAAAAGUACAUGCUGUUUGUAGCAGUUCUUCCAGCUCAAGUGAACUUAUUGCUGAGCUGCCAUCUUUGUACCACUGCAUAAGGUUCCCUGUUGUGGGUAUGGGAGUGCUGGUAUGGGUAGAAUGUGUUGUUACAGAGCCAUCUUAUUUCAAGCUAUGUACUGAACAUUGCCCUGUGCACUUGGCUCUACUGGAUGAAGUGGCAUCAUGCCACCAACUGCUCCACCACAGAUUGCUGAGAUUACUCAUACAAUUAUUUGAAUCAUCUCAAGAUGAAUUAGAGAUCUUAGUACAGCUGGAGUUAAGGAAAAUGCUUUUAGACCGCAUGGUCAAUUUACUGAGUCGUGGGUGUGUAGUUCCAGUCCUACGUUAUAUCAAACAGUGCUGGCAAAGAGGAGAUACGGAUAUUUCACUUAUAAGAUACUUUAUCACUGAAGUUUUGGACGCAAUAGCUCCGCCAUACACUCAAGAAUUUGUCCAAUUGGUACUACCAAUGGUUGAAAAUGAAGAAAUUACUGGCACCAUGCGAGCUGAAGGUGAAAAUGACCCUGUUUCUGAAUUUAUAGUACACUGUAAGGCACAUUAUGUUGUAGUAUAAGAUUUGAAGAAAAAAUGAGGGGCUCUUAAGUUUCGUAAGGCUUUAUUUUAAUAAAAGCUACACAAAAAUAUUAAAA